GUUGCAAGAAGCAUUCGGAUCGAAGCUAUGUUUAAGUACUGCAUUUCAUCCGGCUACUGAUGGCCAAACCGAAAGAACCAUCCAGACAUUAGAGGAUCUUUUGAGAUGUUGUAUUCUUGAAUUUGGUGGUUCAUGGGAACAGAAAUUGCCUUUGAUAGAGUUUUCAUACAACAACAGCUAUCAAACCAGCAUCAAGAUGGCACCAAACGAAGCCUUAUACGGGAGAAAAUGUCGAGUGCCGUUAUGUUGGGAUCAGAUGGACCGAAAUGUGCCAGAAGGACCAGAUCUUAUCCAAGACUCUAUUGAUAGCUUGAGGGUAGUGCAAGAGAAUAUGAAGGCAGCACAAAGUAGACAGAAGAGUUAUGCAGACAACCGUCGCAGAGCUUUGCAAUUUGCUGAAGGUGACAAAGUAUUUCUAAAGAUUUCACCAACGAAAGGAGUCCAACGCUUUGGGAUAAAAGGGAAAUUAAGCCCUAAAUUUAUUGGACCUUUUGAAAUUUUGAAAAGAGUAGGGGAGGUGGCAUACGAACUAGCUUUACCCCCGGGUUUAGCUAGAGUUCAUAAUGUAUUCCAUGUUUCUCAAUUGAGAAAGUAUAUCCACGAUAAAUCCCAUAUGUUAGUUCACGAACCCCUCCAAAUUGAUGAAAACCUAGCUUAUGAAGAAAGACCAAUUAGAAUUUUGGAUCGUCAAGUGAAAGAAUUGAGGAAUAAAAGAAUACCUCAAGUUAAAGUGCUAUGGUCGAACCAUCAUAUCGAAGAAGCAACUUGGAAAAGUGAAACUGAUAUGAGAGAACGCUAUCCCCAGUUGUUCAUUUAGGUUCAAGUUUCGGGACGAAACUAUGUUAAGGGGGGAAGAGUUGUAACAGACCGUUUUUCUUAAUCUUAAAUAUUUUGACAAAUUCAAUAAUCGUUUCGUUUUAUUAUUUUCUUUUUAAUGCCGUUUCGAAUUUUUAUUCCAAUCGUUU